UAAUUUCUCAGUAAACUCCUUUACUCGCGAACCCUAAAAUAUUAUAUUUCUUGAAAAUUUUUACACUUUAUUAUUGCAGUCCCUCUCUUCUAGAAGAUCAAUCCUACUCGCUGCUCUGAAACAAUGGAGUUUUGGGGUACUGAGGUCAAAAGUGGGGAGCCUCUAGUGGUUGAAAUUGGUGGUGACUUCAUUUUGCAUCUUUCACAGGCUUGUCUAGGCGAGGUGAAGAAGGAUAAAGGAAAUGAAUCUGUUUGCCUGUAUGUGAAGGUUAAUGAUAAGAAAUAUGUUCUUGGAAUUCUCUCUCCUGAAAAAUUUCCUCAGAUAUCUUUUGACCUGGUGUUUGAAAAAGAUGUUGAGCUAUCCCAUAACUGGAAAAAUGGAAGUGUAUACUUCAGUGGUUAUAAGAUUGCUCAAGCUGAAAGUGAUGAUUAUUCUGAGCCUGAGUUUGAAAUUGAAGAGGAUCUUCCUGUUGCUAAUAAUAAUGGGAAACCUCAGUUGGAAUCUAAGAAAGCAAAGUCUCCUGCAGAAAAGACUAAACCUAGUUCCUCUGAACCUAAGCAAAAGGUGAAAAUCAUAGAGCCGCAAAAAGAAGACAAACCUAAGGAAGAGACUGAUGAAAGUAGUGAUGAUUCUUCUGAUGAUGAUGACUCCACUGAUGAUCAGGACAUGGUAGCCAAUGGUGAGGAUGAAGAGGAUGCUGAAAGUGAUGAUGAGGAUGAUGAAAGUGAUGACGAGGACGAUGAAAGUGAUGAUGAAGAUGAGGAAGAACCAACAAGAUUGAAGGCUGAACAAGGGAAGAAGAGAUCUGCUGAACCUGCUAAGAAAGUACCCGUUGCUGAUAAGAAGGCCAAAUUGGUCACUCCACAAAAGACUGAGGGGAAGAAAGUGGUUGGUCAUGUAGCAACUCCUCACCCUUCAAAGCAAACUGUAAAAACUCCUGCUAACAACGACCAGAAAAAGGACCAGACUCAAAAAUCUUUUGCAUGUGUGUCUUGCAACAGGUCAUUUGGCUCUGAAAAUGCAUUACAAUCUCAUACUAAGGCCAAGCACAGUGCUGCACAGUGAAGGACGGAGGUGUAUUAACUUUAACGUGAUGUUUUUGAGUUUGUCCAUAAGAGACUGUUAGGUUUAGUAAAUGUCAAGGAAACCUUAAUCUAGUAUGGUGUCAUUUAGGCUUUUGUUGGGUAUUUUUUGUGGAUCGCAACUAUCAACUGUUUAUGUGCUGGAUGAUAUGAUGGGUAUAUAUCAGUGUGUUGCGUUUGUCACAAUAGCUGACGUGACACCGAGUUUGUUCCUUGUUUUCUUA